CUUACUAGCAGCUACCGGAGGAAGCGAGCAUAGGGGAGAAGUGAGAGAGGGAAAAAAGGGGGAGGGCUAUCUGUGAUGGUAAGAGCAUCAUCUAACAGUUUCCUCCUGGUCAACCCUUUGAGCACCGACACCAGCUGAGUUGAGCAGACGGUGCGGAGACAGGCAGGACAUCCCCAGACAUUGCCUCCUCCUCCUGCAUUCUGGAACCUCUAGAGACGUGUCCUGUGCUGCUGAGAGCUUCAGAUCCCCUGAGAUACCCAGAUCCUCCUCCUGCUUCCCCCCCCCCACCUCCGUAUGUGUGUUACUCCUUCCCUAGAGCAGAUCUCAUUUUUCUAAUCGCUACUAAGUAUUCACUCCCCUCUACCCUAUAGCUACAUCUCCAGUCUGGAUUAUUGUUUCUCUCUGCAGCCCCCCCCCCCUCAACCAAGGAGGAACACGAAGAAAGGGGGGCAUCUUCAUUGCCUCCAGAAAGCCUUAGGAUUUUUACAGCUUCAUCAUCAUUUCCACCACCCCUCCCUUCCAAAUAGCCUAACAUCCACAUCCCCUUUUCGGGCUAUUUGGUGAACUUCUGUAACCCCAGUCGCUGCCUAUUUGUCUCCUAAUUUGCAAACACUGCUUGGGUUUUACUUGGAUUUUGGAUUUUUUUCCCCCUCUCCCUUCAUUGAUUGACUGCUGCAUUUUUUUUUAACUCCCCCUCCCCCUUAGCCCUUGUUGUCCACCUCUCUCUGCCUUGCACCUACAUUGAGUACCAUGAGGCUGAUGAACAGGCGCUUUGGCCCCCCGGAUUUGGGAGCGGGAACUGGCCAGGAGCAGGAGCUAGCACGGCCGGUCAGGAACCCCUUUGUGCAUGACCUGCGCUUCACCCCACUGCAGAAAGCCAAAAUUGCUAUCAUGACACUGACUCUUUUCCCCAUCCGCCUCUUCUUUGCCGCCUUCAUGAUGCUUCUGGCCUGGCCUUUCGCCUUUGUUGCUGUAAUGGGUCGUACAGAGAAAGACCUUGAAAUGCCGAUGACCUGGUGGAACAGGUUUCUGGACAUAGCUUUAAAAGUAAUCAUGAGGACGAUGUGGUUUGCUGGGGGCUUUCAUUGGGUGACAGUGAAAGGCCAGCAGGCUUUGCCAGCAGAAGCUCCAAUACUGACCCUGGCUCCACACUCUUCGUAUUUUGAUGCCAUUCCAGUAACCAUGACAAUGGCUUCUAUUGUAAUGAAGGCUGAAAGCAAGGACAUUCCUGUGUGGGGAACAUUAAUCAACUUCAUCCGACCAGUGUUUGUAUCCCGCUCAGACCAGGAUUCUCGAAAGAAAACUGUAGAAGAGAUCAGAAGACGGGCUCAUUCCAAUGGUAAAUGGCCUCAGGUGAUGAUUUUCCCAGAAGGAACAUGUACCAACCGAUCCUGUCUUAUUACCUUCAAACCUGGAGCUUUUAUUCCUGGUGUGCCAGUUCAGCCGGUUGUCUUGAGAUAUCCCAACAAAAUGGACACAAUAACUUGGACAUGGCAGGGCCCUGGAGCGCUGGAAAUACUUUGGCUCUCUUUAUGCCAGUUUCACAACUUUGUGGAAAUUGAGUUUCUUCCAAUCUAUACUCCAUCUGAAGAAGAAAAGCGAAACCCAGCAUUGUAUGCAAACAACGUAAGACGUGUAAUGGCCAAGGCCCUAGGUGUAUCUGUCACAGACUAUACUUUCGAAGACUGCCAGCUUGCCUUGGCUGAAGGUCAACUUCGCCUCCCUUCAGAUACUUCCUUGCUGGAAUUUGCACGCCUUGUACGGAGUCUUGGUCCAAAACCAAAAAAACUGGAAAAAGAGCUUGACAAAUUCUCAGAAAGUGCCAAGCAAAGAAAAGGCGAAAAAAUCAACCUGAAUGAGUUUGCUGCGUACCUAAAUGUUCCAGUUACAGAUAAAUUAGAAGAUCUCUUUGCCUUAUUUGAUGAAAAUGAAGAAGGUGCCAUUGACUUACGGGAAUAUGUUGUUGCCCUGUCUGUUGUGUGCAGACCUUCCAAGACAUUAGACACCAUUCAGCUGGCUUUCAAGAUGUACCAGUCAGAAAACAGUAAGACCAUAGUAGAAGAGGACUUGGCUGUAAUAUUGAAGACAGCACUGGGAGUUUCAGAACUUAAUGUGACAGAUCUUUUUAGAGCAAUAGACGAGGAAGAGAAGGGUAAAAUCACAUAUGAUGACUUUGAUAGGUUUGCAGAAGGGAAUCCACACUUUGCUGAAGACUACCUCUACCUGGAUCAGACAGAUUUAGAAACCUGUCUGGAUAGUCCUUCUGCUACAGCUUCUAAUGGAUUUUGUACAGAUUUCACACCAGAGGACAUGGAGGAAUUACAGACCCAUCCUGCAGAAAAGAAACUGAACUAAUCCGAAAUCUACAUCUUCCUCUCCUGGCGAGGGGUGGGUGUCCUUAGUAUCUCCUUAUGAGGUUUGAACAUAGCUGUAACCACCUACACAUAACUGUUUAUGUAUAUAACUUUGUGAAGAUUUACAGGUUUCUUUCCGCUUUCAUGUAUUCUUUUGUAUAAUUUUAAGGUGUUUGGAAAGCAAAGAUAACAAGUGUUCUUUACCUGUUGUAUGCUGUGAAAUAAACAACUGGCAUAAAAAAAAAAAACAACACAAAACAACUUUGCAAUAUUGACUGAUUUUAUGGCGAGUGCAUAACCUUCUCUUCCCGGGCUCUGUCAUUAUCAACUGAAGGUCACAAGAUCAGCCAAAACCUCAGUAUACUGCAAAUGACACCUUCAGAUAGUCCGUGAAAUACAGAAAACCAAGUUUAUGAUUUAGAAAAGGUAUUUUGUAAGUUUAUUUUUUCUACUUAUGCCUAUUUGAGAGAUCUUAUCUGAUUUGCAGGUAUUUGAUUACUGUAUGGCACCUUUUGGCUUUUGUUGUUGAUGUACAGAACCUAAAUUUGUGGUUUUCAAAAAAUAUGUACUCCAUUAUCUCUGUAUUUUUUUCCUUUCUGUUAUGUGCUGUACAGAGUGUGCAUGUAACAGCUGCUGUACCCAAUUAGUUGUGUUUUAGUGCACUUUGGUGAAUUUAGUUUUAGAGAGCAGGUUUUAUUUUUUUGUGUUUAUUAAUUUGCAAAAUAACUAUUUUUAGGGGACAUGUUUGUCAAACAUGUUUAGUUUUCCUUUAAAUGAUGACCUAACUAAUGUAGUAUUACAGACAGGGCAACCCUUGUCAAGAAGUGAUAUUUUUUUUUCUUUUGUACAUGGUUUUAAAUGAUUUUGAUAUACGUAUUGAAAGAUGAAUUAGUUUUGUUUGGUAACUGGUUUGCUGGUCUCCCAUUACCACAAAGCAUUUCUGGUUGAUUGUUUUGUUUUUUUUCCCAUAAAUGUUUUGC